AUGCCCAGUCGCAAGCGCCUUUCAUCGUUACCACUUUCACGACAAUCCGCAAAGGUCCACCGAAAAGACAGUCCCGCAACUGAUGUCGACGCCGAGGGGAGUGCCGAAGAAGAAUUCGACAACAACAGUAGCGAUGACGAUUACCAACCCGAUGCAGAGGAAGAUCAGAGUGAAAAGGACGACCCCCCUACCUCCGAGAAUGAUGCGGAAAAGGAAGAUUAUCCAAGGCGAACCACCAUUAUCCCUUACGAGAAACUACGUCCUCUUGGUGGAGUUGAGUACUCUAGUACCAGAGUACACAAGAACACGCUCCUAUAUCUAAAAGACCUGAGGAUCAGUAACAAUCGCGAUUGGUUCAAGAGCCAUGAAAGGGAGUUUAGGCGAGCCAUGAAAGACUGGGAGACUUUUGUUGAAACCCUGACACCAAAAAUCAUUGCGUUUGAUGGCACAAUCCCGGAGCUGCCGCCUCGAGACAUCAUAUUCCGUAUAUAUCGAGACCUUCGGUUCAGCAGGGACCAAAAACCCUACAAAUCUCACUUUUCCGCCGCAUUCUCCCGUACGGGGAGGAGGAGACCAUAUGCUUGCUACUAUCUCCAACUUGACCCGGGGUCGUCAUAUGUUGGGGGCGGCCUUUGGGCUCCUGAGCCAGCAACUAUUCACCUACUGCGACAAAGCAUUGACGAGAGACCUGAGGACUGGCGUCAAGUGUUGAGCUCAGAACCAUUUAGGAGCAUGUUUUUGCCCGCCGCAAAGGGGAAAACAGAAGGUGCACUCAAGGAAUUUGCUGUUGCCAAUAAGGAGGGGGCAUUGAAGACAAAGCCAAAGGGCUAUGAUGCAGAUCAUCGGGAUAUUGAGCUAUUGAAAUUACGAAAUUAUCACGUUGUUAAAUAUGUGGAUGAUGAGAUAUUUACCGCUGAGGAUGGCCAGGAGAGGAUAAUUCAGAUCAUCAGCACUCUUCAGCCAUUUGUCACCUUUCUUAACAGCAUAAUCAUGCCAGAUCAGAGCGAACACUGA